ACGCAUGCGCAGUCGCGGGCCACAUUACUUCCUGUCAAGAUGGCGGUGAGCAGAGGGUGUACGGGACUGUGGAGGACGUGCAACCUGUUAUUACCCAGACACCCGGCCCUGUUCCCCGCUGCCCUCCGAGCGCAGAGCUCUGUUAGCGGGGACCUGCUGCCCCGGACCUCGCUGUCCAGGCCUCCGUGGCCGGAGCCGACGAGCCCGGUUUCCGCGGAGGAGGAGCGGAGCCGACACGCCGCCGUGGUGAGCACCGUGAACCAGCGGAUCCUCCAGCGGGACUUCGGCCGCCUGUUCGCGGUGGUGCAGUUCGCCGGUCGCCAGUGGAAAGUCACCGGCGAGGACCUGAUCCUGAUCGAGAACCACGUCGAGGCAGAGUGCGGAGACCGGAUCCGGAUGGAGAAGGUGCUGCUGGUCGGGGCGGAGGACUUCACCUUGGUGGGCAGGCCCCUGCUGGGGAGGGACCUGGUCCGGGUCGAGGCGACGGUCCUGGAAAAGACCGAGUCCUGGCCCAAAGUCCACAUGCGGUUCUGGAAGAGACACCGGUUCCAGCAAAAGAAGAUCAUCAUCCAGCCUCAGACGGUGCUGAGGAUCAACAGCAUCGAGCUGGCCCCCACACUGACCUGAUGGGGGGAGGAGGAGGAGGACUGGGGGCGAUUAACACACUGACUGAGAGUUUAAUUAACCAUGGACAUCUCUGGAGUUGAACAGUUAUUCUAAGGUUUAUUUUCUUUCUUGUAAAUAACAGUAUGUACGGCAGAAAGUUAAUGAGACAUUAAAGCUUUGUGUUUUGAAUACGA